AUGCCCUCUGAGUCGAAGAAAGCUACGAACGGCGGCACACCAGCGGCUGCCGCCGCGGAAGCUGUCCAGUCGUCAUGGAAGAGCAGCCGCCUGCCUUAUCGCCACCCUCUGCGUCUUUAUCUCCCGGUAGUUAUUGCGUUUGUGCUUCUCAACAACCUCGCCUUCAGAGUUGAAGUGGAUUCCACUGGCAAGAACUUGGUGCUGCCCGAAUACGUGCGUGCCAUCGCCAUGGAGCGCUACGCGCUGCGUAGAGCCAUGGCCGCCGGCCAGGUGCCAACGGAGCCGAUCCCCUUCAACGUGUUUUUGUUUUUCGAAGAGAGCGUGAUGUCGGCACUGUUUCAAGCAGGCCUCUUCCUCUUCCGUAGUCUCUCCGGUAUUCAGGCUGUGUGCAUCCUCGCUUGGCUGAUACACCUGUUCGAGCUCGGCGUGUGCUUCCGCAUCUGUUGGUCCUGCAACGCAUCCUUUCCAGUGACGCUGCGCUACAUGUUCUGCACGUGUGUCGGCGGCUUUACUCAGCUUUCGCCGCUCAUCAAGGCGAGGGAUGCGUGGGUGGAGGAGAUGCGUGCGACCGCCGCCGUCACCGCGGCGCUGACGUCGACGAAGAACCAAUGA